CCUUCCCCCACUCCAGAUCCUAAUCCUCUCCACAUUCUACAACUGCGGGGUCGACCUUGCCAACGAAGUCUAGCCAGUCAUGAUCUCACUUCUUCCCCACCCAGUUGCCGCCCAUGUUGAGUUGGAGGAUGGACACCAAGACAUUCCCCAGAUGAAUGAGCUAGGAGGCUUGCAUGAUGCUCUAAAACCCAUCACAGAGCUGCUGUGCCGUUCCGUCAACGACCAAUCCGUUUCAGUCCGCCCAGUCCGUCUAUUCUGCACGGUUCCCACGUGGUCACCCUGUUCUGAAACUUGCAUCGACCUCCACGACCUCCAAGACCUCCGCUCUCGCUCUCUCCUCUUCAUCCAUGACCUCGUGAACUCACUACGAGCAUCGGGGGUACCUGCCUCAUAUACUCUCUCACCAUCCCACUCUCCUAUCUGUCUCGUCUGCGCAUCACCGACUGAGUUGGACAAGAACCGUGUACGAGCAUCAGCGUACGAAGCACUCGAAAAAACCAAACCAAGUGCACGAGAAAGGGUGCUUCUUGUAAAUCUCAAGGAUGGCCCGGCGUUGGUUAUCACUUGAUUGCUUUUCUUAUUCGUGGUUUUGUUCUUUCUGGAUCUGGGACUCUGUUCUGAUUUUGUUUGCUUCAUACAUACUCUCUGCGUUCGUGUUGGAUAUCCCUACUGUCAUAUGCUAUCACAUCGUCCUUCUGUUCUGCACCCAUCCUAGUACCGUUUUCUGCAUCUCCCGUACGAGUAGUGCUGCAUUGAAUUCAACAUCCGUGACCAUGCUU